AAAGCAAAAUCAAAACCGAAAAUCAACAACGCCAAACCACCAAGCACCAAACAAGUAACGUGCACAUCACGCUCCGGCCAGCACCCACUUUUGUUUUCCUUCCUUCGUUUCGCAUUUGCCAUUUCCAUUCGCUCUCCAUUACGAACGAGCGAGAGAGAAGAUGGGUUUGCCUCAGGCAAUGGAGUUGCUGCGCGGGAGAGCAGCACUUGUGAGGGAAUCGCUCCAGAAGAGCCAGACCAUCACCGAAAGUAUGGUCUCCAUUCUUGGUUCCUUCGAUCACCGACUCUCAGCUCUUGAGACCGCCAUGCGCCCCACUCAGAUAAGAACUCAUUCGAUUCGGAAAGCGCAUGAGAAUAUCGACAAGGCGUUGAAGACGGCGGAGGUUAUAUUAGCGCAAUUUGAUCUGGCGCGCAAGGCAGAGGCAAAGAUUUUGAGAGGGCCGCAUGAGGACCUUGAGAGCUACCUGGAAGCAAUUGAUCAGCUAAGAAGCAAUGUGAAGUUUUUCAGUAGUAACACAAAUUUCAAGAGCGUUGAUGGGGUGCUUAACCAUGUUAAUAACUUAAUUGCAAAGGCUAUCUCAAAACUUGAAGAAGAGUUCAAACAGAUAUUGAUGAAUUACAGCAAUCCUGUGGAACCUGAUCGCCUUCUUGAAUGUGUUCCCAACUCCCUACGGCCAUCACCAGGAUCACCUGGCCAACAAGGUGAUCCAAAUAGCAAGAAUCGCUCUGACAACCACAGGAAAAGAUCAGAAAAUGUGGUUUACACAACCAUAGAUCUUAUUCCGCCCAGGGUUCUGCCAUUACUGUCUGAUUUAGCUGAACAAAUGGUUCAAGCUGGUCACCAACAACAGCUAUUCAGAAUUUACAGGGACAUUCGUGCCUCGUUCUUGGAACAAAGCCUUAGGAAACUGGGUGUGGAGAGACUUAGUAAAGAUGAUGUCCAGAAAAUGCAGUGGGAGGUUUUGGAAGCUAAGAUUGGGAACUGGAUACUUGACAUGCGGGUUGCUGUCAAGUUACUCCUAACUGGGGAGAAGAAAAUCUGUGAUAAAGUACUUGGAGGUGCGGAAUCUCUCAGGGAUCAAUGUUUUGCAGAAGUCACUGCAAAUAGUGUAGCUAUACUCCUCAGUUUUGGAGAUGCCAUUGCCAAAAGCAAGAGACAACCUGAAAAGUUAUUUGUCCUUUUAGACAUGUAUGAGAUAAUGAGAGAAGUACAGCCAGAGAUUGAAUCAGUGUUUGCAAGUAAAGCUUGUUUAGAAAUGCAGGAAUCUGCCUUGAGUUUGACAAAGCGGUUAUCUCAGACAGCAAUAGAGACCUUUGUUGAUUUUGAGGAAGCAGUUGAGAAAGAUGCCACCAGAACUGCAGUUCUUGAUGGAACAGUCCAUCCUUUGACUAGCUAUGUGAUAAAUUAUGUGAAAUUUCUAUUUGACUACCGAUCGACACUAAAGCAACUUUUUCAAGAGGAAGGUGCUAAUGGAGAUGCUCAGUUAGCAACUAUAACUACAAGGAUUGUGCAGGCUCUGCAGACCAAUCUAGAUGGAAAAUCCAAGCAGUAUAAAGAUCCUGCCUUGACUCAACUAUUUCUUAUGAACAAUGUCCACUACAUAGUUAGAUCUGUCCGGAGGACUGAAGCUAAGGAUUUGUUGGGGGAUGACUGGGUGCAAAUUCACAGGAGAAUUGUUCAGCAACAUGCAAAUCAAUAUAAAAGGGUUUCCUGGGCAAAGAUCCUGCAGUGUCUUACCGUUCAGGGUGGUGCUCCACCAGGUGGGGGACUUGAUAGUAGCAGUGGAAUUUCAAGAGCUAAUGUGAAGGACAGAUGCAAGACUUUCAAUGCUCAAUUUGAGGAGCUUCAUCAAAGGCAAUCACAAUGGACAGUUCCUGACAGUGAAUUACGCGAGUCUUUGAGACUGGCUGUGGCUGAAGUCCUCCUGCCUGCCUAUAGAUCCUUCGUUAGACGUUUUGGGCCUGUGAUUGAGAAUGGAAAAAGUUCCCUUAAGUACAUCAAAUACACUCCCGAGGACCUUGAACACAUGCUGGGUGAAUUCUUUGAGGGAAAGACAUGAAAUGAACCAAAACGGUAAAUAUUUGUAUGAUUGGCCAAAAAGAAGGUAAAUAUUUGUAUGAAUUGCAAAUAUAUAUAUAUUACUUGGAAAAGUUUUGAGGCUUGCUUAGAGUGCUUAUUCAUUGUACAAUGAUGAGGCUUAAUAAAUAUGGUAGGUAAUGUAUCCUUUUAUGAAAAAAAACUCAAUUCUUCUUUGGCUGUGUUGUAAACUUUUAUCUAAUAGAAUCACCUCAUCCCC